ACUGCAUUGAGCUGGAUUAGAUGAGUCUACACAGCAUUCUGAAAUGUAGAUCUGGCCAGUAAUUCAGUUUCACUAGGAAACAAGAUUAAACCGACUUCUUAUAAAAGAUGCAUAAAAGGUAAAAGAAUAAAGCACUGUGAACCCAAAUGACUAUGCCAAAGGGAUUCCUAAGAUCAUCAGAAUUAUGUUUUCUGAUGGUCUUUGGCGACCACUCUGAAACCCCCCUCGCAACCCCCACAGGGUCCCUACCCCCAGGUUGAGAAACACUGCUUUAGUGGGAAAUAGCUUUUCCCCACAAAAAUCACACCUAUGUGGCCAGGAUAGUGGAAGAAUUAGUGUUAAAAAUGCUGCGGCAUAACAACUAGAAAAGUGUGAGAUGACAGGAGGGCGACUUAGGCACAGGAAAUACAGUAGAGAAAGGGGGGUUUGCACGUUCAGCUGAGACAGAUUAAAGAGAGAAUGAACAUAUAGCCCAGAGAGAGAGAGAGAUAAGCUCAGUUUUGGUAGCUCUUUCUGUCUCAAUUCUUUGAAACCAACAGCUCUGGGCCAGCAAACCUCAGACCAGCAGCAAACAUCACACUCUUUGGUUCCCAGCAGCCUCUUUCCAAAGCGGUCUUUCUGCAAGAAGAUUCAGGCCAGAACCCAGCCCAAAGAUACCUGAGACGCUCACCUUGACCUUUUCAAGGAUGCUGGCUUGCAGAGUCUUCAGCAUGGUGCUGACAACCACUAGCUUGGCCCUCCUGUUGUUGGCAUUGAUCACAGAUUACUGGCUAGUGGCCAAUGAUUCAAAAGAUACUGUGCACAGUGGGCUCUGGAAAUGGUGCAGAGAUGGAAGCUGCUUUACUCCAAAUGUGACUUUUGACUAUAUUCUAGCCACACGGGCAUUCUUGAUCAUGGCCUGUCUGAUGUCCCUGGCUGCGGUCAUUGUUCACAUUGCCUUCUUCGCACCCUGUGAUUGUGGAAUUUUGGACAAGCCCUUCUUUGCAUUGGUGGCUGCCUUCACAGCUGGACUGUUCACUCUCAUAGCCGUCACUGUAUUCACUGCUGAAUCUUGGGACAAGAAUGAGGACCAGCAAAUCCAGCUCACAUUCGAAUGGUCUUUCUACCUUGCCUGGGGAGCAUUUCCCAUGCUACUGCUGGCUGGUAUACUCAGCCUUGUUGUCCUCCUGUGCUCUUCGCGUUCCGGCUACGACAAUAUUUGAACACUUGGAUCUCAAAAUACAAUGGCAACUGUGCAGUGAAACCACAGUGAAAAUCACUGGCUUCCAUGGCAAUUCGUUUUGAUAAAACUUUGGAAUAUUCACCCCACUUUACCUCUGUGUCAAGGACCAGAAGUCUCUGGAUGUCAUAAAGACAUGAGCUCUGGACCACUUUAGGUUUUUUGAGCUUGUAUAUAAAGUCCUAAGGCACUGAAACCUAUGCAUUUCUAUCUUCUGAAAGAGAAUUAAGCACUUUGGACAGCUCUUUCAAUGGUGAGAUUCAUCACCUUAUUGUUAGUGGUUGCCACUGGCCCAAAAUAGAGAAAACCAGGGUCAUUUUCAUGCCAAUCAAAUCCCUGCUUAUCCUUUGUUUCUGCUCCAUUUCCAAACCAUCUGCACUGUCUUCUACACAGUAGUAAUUUUCCAGCUGUCUCAUUUUCUUUUCUUUGGUUUGUCGGCCAAAGCCUUAACCAUGGAACUCCUGCAUAGUGAAUAGAAUAUGUUAAUUUUUCCAAAUUUGGAAACAAUAGAUGUUUUCCAUUCUAUUCCGAAAUAUGUAUCAGUUUAGAGCUUGGGUCCUCAGAUGUUAGUCAACCAGCUCCCAGAAACUGCAGAUAGCCUGACCAAUGGUCACGUAUUUUGAUGGGCUACUGUGUCUUUAAGUCAUAGAAUCAUAGAGUUGGAAGAUACCUCAUGAGCCAUCCAGUCCAACCCUAUUCUGCCAAGAAGCAGGAAAAUUGCAUUCAAAGCACCCCCGACAGAUGGCCAUCUAGCCUCUGUUUAAAAGCCUCCAAAGAAGAAGCCUCCACCACACUCUGGGGCAGAGAGUUCCACUGCUGAACAGCUCUCACAGUCAGGAAGUUCUUCCUCAUGUUCAGGUGGAAUCUCCUUUCCUGUGGUUUGAAGCCAUUGUUCCGCAUCCUAGUCCCCAGGACAGCAGAAAACAAGUUUGCUCCCUCCUCCCUAUGACUCCUGGAAUGUGGUGGAGGCUCCUUCUUUGGAAGCUUUUAAACAGAGGCUGGAUGGCCAUCUGUCAGGGGUGAUUUGAAUGCAAUAUUCCUGCUUCUUGGCAGGGGGUUAGACUGCAUGGCCCAUGAGGUCUCUUCCAACUCUUUGAUUCUAUGAUUCUAUGACUUCCCCUCACAUAUUUAUACUUGGCCAUCAUUUCUCUUCUCCACCUUUUCUUCUGAAUGCAAACAUGCCCAGCUCUUUAAGCCGCUCCUCAUAGGGCUUGUUCUCCAGACCCUUGAUCAUGUAAAGAAUCAAGUAAAUAAUUCCUGUUUCUCCUCCUUUAAAUUCUUUCAAAAUAAAAAAUGACACAGUGGAAAUAUUACAUGUAAUAAGUAUAUGUGUUAAACUAAUGUAAUAAUCUGUGGUUAGGAUAGGCCUGUGUCUGUUUCCUGUGCAUUGCUAUUUUUUAAUGCUAUUUUGAUAUUCAGAGGUGUUUCUAUGUGACCUUAUCCAAAAUGCACAAUUUAUGUGACGAACCAAUCUGGAGCUAUUGGAAAUGUUCACAUCUUUGCAUAUUCUGAGUUGGUCUAAUAAAGAUACUUUAAUGCA